AAAACGCUGAUGCUCGUCCCACGGAGAACUGAAUGUACUCAAUUCUGAAGCACUGCUGUCAUGAGCUCACCUGUCGCCUCGCUGAUACCCCAUAGUCACAGUUUCGGUGAGACGUAGGUUGCAUAUCGUAAGAGCGCCAGUCACACUAGCCGUCCUGGUUAGCUCUUCUUGGAUCACGAUGCGUCAGCGAGCACCUGUUCGAGCGGGGUUCGGGUUACUGAUAACAUCAUUGAUCCUUCUCAACUUUCUGGAACUCGGCAAGUCGGUUGAUUUCGAGGACGCCCUGCGGAAGAGCAUAUUGUUCUUUGAGCAGCAGCGGUCGGGCAAGCUUCCCGCAAAUCAGAGAGCCAAAUGGCGGGGGGAUUCAGGACUCAAAGACGGGAAGGACGUCGGGGUGGACCUGACGAAGGGGUACUACGACAGCGGCGACAACGUCAAGUACGGGCUGCCCAUGGCGUUCACCAUCACCACGUUAGCGUGGGGCGUCGUUGAGUACGGCGCCACGAUCGCAGCGCAGGGGCAGCUCACGCACGCGCUGGACGCCAUCCGCUGGGGCACCGACUUCUUCAUCAAAGCGCACCCGCAGCCCAACGUGCUGUACGCGCAGGUGGGCGACGGGCCGUCGGACCACCGGUGCUGGCAGCGACCUGAGGACAUGACGACGCCGCGCAUGGCUUUCCGCCUGGACGCCAAGAAUCCCGGCACCGAAGUCGCCGCUGAAGCCGCCGCCGGCCUCGCCGCCGCCAGCGUGGCCUUCGCGUCGCGCGACGAGGCGUACUCGACGGAGCUGAUUCGGCACGCUAAGGAGCUGUUUACCUUCGCGAGCACGUACCGCAAGUCGUACGUGAGCAGCAUUCCGUCCGCCGCCGCCUUCUACAACUCCUACUCUGGAUUCAACGACGAGCUGCUGUGGGCGGCGGCGUGGCUGCAUCGCGCGACAGGCGAGGGGCAGUACUUGGCGUUCGUGAAGAAGAACAACGAGACGCUGCAGGGCGCCACCAGCAGCAUGAACGCUUUCUCCUGGGACAACAAGUUCGCUGGCGCGCAGAUUCUGCUCGCCAAGGUGUUCAUGAAGUCGCGCGACCCGGGGCUGCAGGGCUAUCAGCUGCGCGCAAAUGACUUCGUGUGCAACACAGUCGUGCGCGGCACCAGGACGCCAGGCGGGCUGCUGUUCGUGCAGCCGUGGAGCAACCUGCAGUACGUGACGGCGGUGUCGCUGCUGCUCGCCGUGUACAGCGACUACCUCGACCGCGCCGCCGUGCCCUCCGUGCGCUGCGACGCGACCGCCGUCACCCCCGCCGCCAUGCGCGCCUUCGUCGCCAAACAGAUGCGGUACGUGCUGGGCGAAAACCCACGGCGCAUGAGCUACAUGGUGGGUUACGGCGCGUCGUUCCCCGUGCGCGUGCACCACCGGGGCGCGUCCAUCGUGUCGGUGAAGAAGGACCCGCGCCCCGUGGGAUGCGAGGACGGCUUCAAGUGGUUCCACACGCAGGCGCCGAACGCGAAUGUGCUGGUGGGCGCGGUGGUGGGCGGACCGGACAACAUGGACGCGUAUAAGGACGUUCGCGACAACUACCAGCAGAGCGAGGUCUCCACUUACAUCAACAGCCCCCUCGUUGGCGCACUCGCCCGCCUCCUCGCUGCUGAUGCCCCCCUGCCGCCCAGCAAGCAGCCAGGAAGGGGCAGCUCGGGGGGGGCCAAGGGCAAGGGAGGGGGCAAGGGGACAGGCGAUGGGGGCAGCGGCAAGAAAGGCGGAGAGAUAGGGGGUUCUGACAGUGGCAGCAGGACGGGCAAUAAGGGGGGAAAAGGGGGUGACGAGAAGAGCGGGGAUGGGAAGAGCACUGGUGGGAAUGGAAAGAAGGGAGGCGAGGGCAGCGGGGACAUGAAGUAUAGAAACGGUAGCAAGUCAAGCGGCAAUAAUUCAAGCGGCAAUAAGUCAGGCGGCAGUAAUUCGGACAGCAAUAGCUCUGGCGGCAGAAAUUCAGGCAGCAAUAAUUCGAGCGGCAGCAAUUCGGGCAGCAAUAAGUUGGGCGGCAAAGAUACGGGCAGCACCAAAUCAGGCAGCAGUAAGUCGAGAAGCGAUAAGUCGGGCAGCAGCAAAUCCGGCAGCAACAAGUCUGGACAAGGGGGAUCCGAGAGAGCAAAAUCUAGAGGCACACGUGGUCCAUCCACGUCCUUCAUUGCUUCAGUGCCCGGUGCGGACGGCAGCACAGACAGCGCCCUGCGCACCACAGUGCGUGACAACAUAGGCUGGAGCCCAGGCAGAAGCAAUGUUCAAAGUGGUGGGACAGUGAGGGCGCAGCAGGCUGUGGGCUUGAGCAUCACAGCAGCAGACGGCAGUGGAUUGUCCCUGCCACAGCUAUCGGUGGCCACUCUGGUGACAGCGCAGUGGCAGGACGUGCAGGGCCGCAGCAUGGCACAGUACAUGGUGCUGCUGCGCAACCAGGGGCACACACUGCUCUCUCACAUCCGCCUCACAGCACACGGCUUCCACCCUACAAGUGCUUGGGGACUCGUACGAGCUGGCAAUUACUACCAAGUUCUGGAAGGAGGCAGUGUACUGGCUCCAGGGCAGUCGAGCCGGUUUGGGUAUGUGCAGGAAGGAGCUGCAGCGUUGUUCAAGGAGGCCCUGCACGAGGACGCCUGACGUCCUCGACGUGCAUCGUCAUACAGGCUGGAAAGGAGGUUCCCCCGAACAUUCGAGCGGCACUCAUUCGGGUGCACUCACACAUACUUGCACAGGCGUGCCAACACACAUAAGUAUCUAACUUGAAAAUUGAAUGAUAGAUAGAGUGAGAGUACACAAAGAUAUACCUAAGUGUUGUACUCUCUAAGAGGCGACCCUAUACA